GCUGAAGUUCUCAGCUGUGGAUCAAACAAGGUAAGUAACAUCUCUGGUAAAUGCCAGUAACAUCUCUGGUAAAUGCCAGUAACAUCUCUUGUAAAUGCCAGUAACAUCUCUUGUUUAAUAGAUUCAAGCUUACAAAUGCAUUGUCUACUAUUUCAUUCAUGUUUUUUGGCAGCCUGAUAGUGGGAAAUUUUGGUAAAAUUGACAAUCCUUAGACACUUAAACCCAAUAAAAGUCAAAACCUAAACCACAACCCUGAAGACUAAUAUGUGUUUAGUUCACAUUAAGUCUCUGCUUUUUAAGAUAUACUUUUAUAUUUAUAUUAGUUAUAUUGUCUUUAAACAUAUAGAAAUUAGAAAGGGUUGUCUUCCGUCCCUCCCCCCCCCUCCGUCCCCCCCGGGCAUUCCAAGGUGCCUAUGGAGGAAUUUGAAAAAACUCUUAUUUGCUUAAUAUUAAAAUAUUAAUAUUAAAAGGGGGAUACCUGCAAAUAUACUAAGAUGUAGAGAAUAAAAUCCCCUCUGUAAUUCACUAGGGCUCCAAGAACUUAAUUAUUAUUAAACUUAUACAUAAAGUACAACUGGUGACCUCUUAUUGUCCCUGUCUAAACCUGGACAAGCAGAUGGAUGGAGAGAAGCAGAUCAUGUUGUGACCAACCCUGAGGUAUCAUUCCAUGACUGUGUUGUAAGCUUUGGUUUUAACAUGGUGAUAGAGAUAUUUAAUUGUAUAGAAAUAUUAGAGAUAUUAAAGUUAAAUUCUAGAGAUAAUAGAGAUAUUUAUGUUGUGUUCCACACUGACACAUAUACUUAGAGGAAUACAUCAUUAAAACUUCCUUUGUCAUCUGAAGAGAAAGCUUUUUGCUUUCACCUAGUACCUGUUACCUCAAAAUAUUGGCAAUAAUGCUGAAGAUAAUAAUCUUACAAAGUUGUGUUGCUUAUAUUUGAAUAUUUUAUUGUACCAUUUAAAAUGUUCAAACUACUCUAGAAUUUUGAUGGGAUGGGGAGUAUGGAGAGGGGUGGGUGUGUCUGGUGGGGGAUGUUUUGAGUGGGGUGGGGCAGUUAUUUUAAAUUUUGAUCUUAAUGAAGGCUAGAGUUGAGAGACAUAAGAGAAUUGUGAUUUUGAUACUUGAUCUACUCCAUUUAGUAUGGUAAUAUAAAAUGCUUCAUUUUUCAAAUUUGCAGUCUUUUUUAUUUGUUCAACUUCUUUUGCAACUGCUUCACUUUUUGUAUAUGAUGUGUUAAAAAAAAAGAAAAAAAUGUGGAUUCAGAGCUUACCCAUUUGUUUCAUCUGUGUUUUAUACAAAGCCUUUAUACAAUUUUAUUUAUUUCAAAGUUUGGAAAUUGAAACUAAGCCAUAACAAAGUUUUAUUUUUAUUUCAAAUUUAAUUAAACAAGCAGUUAAAUAACAGCUAGAGGAAUUAUCUAAAUUAAUGUCGAUAGUGAAUUAUUCAAAUUUCACAUUUUUUUUCAUCUGAACUCUAAGGAUUUAUAUUAUUUUGUAUUUUAUCUCUUUUAGCAUCAAGUGAACUUAAUCACCAAAUUCUUGACCGUUGCUAUCAUGUGCCUUAACAUAAGGAACUUUGCUACAGCUUUGUCAAUCUUGGAUGGGCUAGAAAACCUGGUGGUUAAGCAAUUGCCAGCUUGGAAAAACAUCUCUAGUAAAUACAUGACCUAUAUGAAUGAGCUUGCUAAUACAAAGGUGAAAGAUUAUUGUUUUUAA